CACACUGAAAAGCAGCAUAGAGGAAGCCCAGUUUGUUAACGCGGCUGAACUUUCAGUAGUUCAGUAGCGCGGACCAACAGGAACAGGUGGGAAUCUAAGUACGUUAUUUACCUUUGUAGUGACAAUGGAGAGGAGCAUAGCCACAGCGUCCGCCAUCAAAGCGCUCGGGUACCCGGGCGGCCGCUGCCUGGCCGAGUGUCGGUGUGACGAGCUGCCCUGUCCGCUGCUCACCUGGCUGUCGGCCGAGCUGAGGACCACCGGCCCGCCGCUGCGAGAGUCCGUUGGAACAGGCAACGUCUUGCUGGUUGGAGAGCUGAGAGAUUUACUAUCAGACAUGUGCUCUCCGCUCACUGAGCUGACCUCAGAGGUGCUGGAGCCGUCCGUCCUCAACAAAGUCACUGAGUUCCUUGUGUCAGAAUUGCAAGCAGCUCGCGUGAUAAAGCAUAAGGAAUUGCAUCCUGAGGAGAAUACGACAGGGGGGGAAUCUGAAAAAGAUCAGCGAGUGGAGGAUGCCAGCCGUGAACUCACUGAGUUUUGUGAGGAACAUGAAGAUGAUGAUGCUUCUGACAAAGACAGGAGGAAUGCUGAGAUGCAGGCAGAAUGGAUAUUGGUGUUGCGCUGCCUUGACAUGGACGCCUCCUCCCAGUUUGCAGAUGUGUUGAGUGAGGUGGAGUCCAGGCUUGCCCGUCUGCCAUGUGGAGGCAUGAUGGACCCUCUUCUUAACACCAGCCUCAGCUCAGAGCAGUGGAUGCAAGUAAAAGAGAUCAAUCAACUUCUCUCAAAGGAUUAUCGGUGUCGGUGCCAAAUGAUGAUCAAACGCUUUCAGGUUACACUUGAGUCUUUUGCUUGGGGAGAAAAACAAAAGGAGCGCAGUGAAGCGCUUGCCUCAGUGCCUCCUCUUGCAUCCCUUGCCGUCUCCUCCCGAGUGUCCCUGUCUCUUCUGCUUGCUGCCAGACAGGAUCAGUCCAUCAUUGAACCAAUCAAGGCAGGAACAAGCACAGCCGUGUACAAGACACGGAUGGGCGGCGUACCUGACAGAGGAGGACGGCCAGGGGAAAUUGAGCCGCCUAUGCCAACGUGGGGAGAGCGAAGUACGAAAGGAAACCGAUGGGGACGCGGAAGCGGACACAAACAUCAAAAGCAUAAAUCAUCAGACAAGAGAGGGAAAAAAGAGUAACAUGUCGUUCUCUUCAGCUUCUCUGCGCAAUUUGAGAAAUAAGUGACAAUUUUCCUUUAUUUAAAUACUUAAAAUAAAAUUUGGCUGUGGAAUGCCACGGGGGAUUUAAUUUUACCGUUAUAAAUGUGUCUAUUUUUAAGUUAGAGUAUGUAGACAAAUCUGACGUUGUACGUUUCUCAAAUAGCUUGUCAAAGCUAUAAUGUACGGGUAAGUGAUCUGAUAUUUUUGGAAGAUUUUUGUUUUCAUUAGCAAAGUAUAAAAUGGAAAAAUAAUACUUGAUUUUCUCUUAAAUGUUGGCUUUGCACAUUUAUAUAUUUAGAUUUGUUUAUUCUGGAAUAAACUUAGUAAACCUUAA